CUCUACAUAUCUGUGCUUCAGCAUCUGAGGUGGUUUGGGUGCGUUCUCUAGAGGCAAAUAAACAGUACCAAGACCACGAGUGUAGUGAUCCCAAGGCCGCUAUCUGCAAGUACCUUCUGCACGGCGAAGUCCUCAGUCAGUGUACAAGCUUCACGCACACCAUGAGGUCCUUCAGUAAAAUGUUCUGCUGGCAACGCGCCGCUCGCUGUGAAAACAAGAAGCAAACGAUCGUACGUCGCCGUGAACUGGUCUUCAACAAGGGGGUUAUCACCUAUCUGGCGUGUGGUAUGCUGUCUUUGGUGCUGGGCUGCCUGACUUUCAUCUGGACGCCUCGCGAUCUGAUCCUCACAGAGAGGCUGAGGAUGAGAAAGGGCCUUCCGCCGUUUGAGUGGUGGGCUGACCCACCCCAGCAAGUGCUCAUUCGACUCUAUCUUUUCAACGUCACAAACUACGAACAUAUUAUAAAUGGCACACAGACGAAGCUACAUCUCCAGGAGGUUGGGCCCUACAUUUUCAGAGAACAAUUACAACAUACGAACAUCGUAUGGAACGACAACGGCACAAUGACAUACACAUCAGAGCGCAACCCCGUGUUCGAACCAGAAUUGAAUACACUGAGCCUCAACGAUACUCUUACUGUGCCAAACCUUUCCCUUUUGGGGAUAGCGUCUUACCUAGAAAAUGCGCCAUUUUUCGUGAAAUUUGGAGUGAACUUAGUGAUCAGAAGGCUAGAUUCACAACCACUGAUUAAAACAUCUGUGUAUAAUUACCUGUGGAACAAUUCGGAUCCUCUCCUUACAUUAGCGUCCAACAUUGCGCCUUCGAUAGUUCCAGUAGACAAUUUGGGUGUGCUUCAUAUGAUUUACAGAAAAUUCAAGGAGAAUGUGACCGUUUUCAUUGGUCCAGACAACUCGAGGCGUUUCUUCACCAUGGACCAGUAUAACGGGAGAAAUCGAUUUGGCUAUUGGAAGAACAUGACGUGUGAUUCUGUGAAGUUGGCCACAGAAGGAAUCCUGUACCAUCAACAGAUUUCCAAGGAAGACAAUCUUCAUUUCUUCCGCAAGACCUUAUGUAGAGUCACGCCUAUAGUAUAUCAAAAGGAGAUUGUUGAGAAGGGCAUGACGGCCUACCGCUACACAUUACCGUUAGACACGUUCAACAGGCCGAAGAACGGAAGCCCUGACUGUUACACGUUGCCUGGAUCCAAGCCACAUCCCGACGGCUUGACGGAUGUCUCCCCCUGCUUCUUCAAUAUGCCAAUAGUUGCCUCGUUUCCUCACUUCCUAGCCGCCGAUCCAGCUGUCAGGAACAGUGUUGAUGGAAUGCAACCUGAUGAAGAGAUACAUUCCGCCCACGUCAUUGUCGAACCGAACACAGGUCUGCCAUUGGAGAGCAAAGCUGGUGUCCAAUGUAAUUUGGCGGUAAAGGAUGUGAAUGGCUACAGUCGAGUGUCAGGCUUCUCCAACUCGUACAUUCCUUUAUUCUGGAUGCAGCUGCAUCAAGUGGGGGUACCGCCAUACUUGGUCUACCUGAUGUACUUCAUCGCUGUCAUCUUGCCCAAUAUUCAGGGCUUCAUAAGCUCUUUUAUGGUAAUAUUGGGUUCAUCUCUACUUGCCAUUGGUUUCUACAGGUUUAAGCAUAAAGCUGCCAAGGUGGUAUACAGCUACAUCUCGCUGGACACGAUACCUUCGGCCACCUAGAUCUGAGUUCAGUCUUCAGAGACUCUCUCGUGACCCGCCGCUGGUCUGCGGAUCAACAAGUUCCUUUUGUUCUCAGAUCUAGGAUGUGUGUUCUAUCACAGAUCUUCCAGUCUUUGUUUUACAAAGGAACAUUGAAUCUUUGAUGUGAAAAAGUGGGAACGGACGAACAUUUCUCUAUCUGAAAUGUAUCAUCAAGUAGAUUCUAACAUUAGUGGUGCUUAUGGGAAUAAUUGUUCGCGGGUAUUUUGUCUGUGGUUGCACACGACUCUGCAGGGAGCUAGUUUCACCAUGGAAACAAACACAUAUUUCUCUCUGAAAGCGACUGUUGUGUAAGACAAGCAUUUUACUCAAAGUGGGGCAACAUGUUUCCCUUAAAUACCAGAUACCAACCUGAAUGUUCUGCGAACUACCACAUUUGGAGUUUUCCCAUAUAAACUGUUGUCAUUCGCUCUGGAAGCGACUGAAAUAUAACCCAACGUGGAGCACCACCUCGUAUUGAAAUAGCAC